AUGCUUUCUAGGAAGGAAAAUUUAUCCAAGAAUCCUUCUAUCGAAAAAGAUCUAAUGAAUAAAAUUCAAGAACUCGAAGAAAGCAAAGGAAGAAUUCUUGAGAUGGCAAAGGACGAAGCUCUUCAAUACAGAGUCCUCCUCAAAGAGCUAAUUUCAGCUGACAAGAGUGCUCUAGAGCUGUUAGAGUUAAUAGAAGCUGGAAAAAUAAAGCAAGUCAAAAAUGAGCUUUGAAGAAAGAAAGCUCUGAUGUUAGCAAGAUUCCAGUCUUCAGAAUUCGAGCUGGAAAUGAAAGAGAGCAGCUUUUUAUUAGAAGGAUCAAUUGGUCAAGCAUACAAAACAAGACCAGCGUUUUCUUUGGAGCUCAGCUCAAUUUGCUCAGCUUCAGAUGAAAAAAUCUCUACAAAUGAUACAAUUUUUGAAGAUCUCAAAGAAAAUUUGAAAAAGGCUCAACAAGGGAGCUUAGUUCUUAAAAAAAAAAGAGAAGCUCAAAGAAAAGCUUGAAGUCGCAAAAAUAAAUGCGUAGUUAAAUACCGAUAA